GCUACCACUGACUCUAUUGCCGUAUCUGCUGCGACCGCGACUCCCGCCGUGCCCACUGCUGUGCCUGCCGCUGCAGUACCGGUUGCCACUGUGCCGCUGCCGCUAUCACACCUGCCGCUUCCGCCUCCCCCAGCCUGGACGAGCAACUGACGAUGCUACGGAAACAGCAUGAGCUGCUAGAGCUGCAGCAGCAGAUCCUCAAGCUGCAGCAGGGUAUGGAUGAAUUCCGAGCACCGAGACAACCAGUCAGUGACUUGAGUGUGAUCGAGAGCAUGGUGGCCCGAUUCUCAGCGGAUACUGCAUACGAUGUAAAGAAAUGGUUGAACGAUCUGGAGGACGCGUUUGAAAUACUGCAGUUGAAUGAUCGCCUACGUUUGAUUGCAUGCCGUCGCAUUCUGGAAGGGACGGCGGCGGUGUUCCUGCGCACGGUAUCGGUGCACAGCUAUGGAGAACUUAAAGCAAUCCUCCUCCGAGAGUUUGGACGCUCGCGCAGUGUUGAAGAAGUGUACAACGCUCUGCGUAGCCGGCGCAUUAAGGCAGGCGAAGGAUGCUUGAGAUUCGCAAUCGAGAUGCAGGAGAUUGCCAUGAAUGCUCCGAUUCCGGAGAACGAGUUGGUCGACAUGAUUAUCGAUGGACUCCGGGACAAUUCUACUCGAGUCGGCAUGCUGUACUCAGCUCGCACGGUGGCCGAAUUGAAGCCCCUACUGGAACGCUAAGAGCGCUACCAGUUUCAGUAUGAAGGUGCAGCCAACCACAACUGCCUCGUCGUCUGGGAACAAAUCCUCAGGCACUGCCGUAAGUGAGACCGAUGUUUCAACUGCUCGGGAUGGGGGCAUUAUAAAAGCCAAUGCCCGAAGCCGAUCAGACCGCCGAACUCCUGCUUCAAGUGUGGCAUAGUGGGCCACAUUUAUAAGAACUGCCCGUCUCGGAUGGAAACUGCCGCCGCCACCACUGCCGCCUCCACUGCCGCCACUACUGCCGCCACCACUGCCGCCGCCGCUCCUGAUGAUGUGGGAAAUAGAUUAAACCAUCUACAACUGUCCGAAGAGUUUUAUCCGUGAAUCUGAAGUCCCCCCCAACUGCCGUCUUAGUCCCAGUAAAUUGAACUGCCGUGGUUUAGGA